GUCACGUUUAUCGUCAUUUUCUUCUUUGCGCUUCUUGGCUCUCCCUGUUAUCCCAUUCUCUAUUUUUCCCCUUUGUCUCUUCGGAAAACUGUGUGGCGCUAAAUGGAGCAUCAGGCUAUGCUUCAUCGUUCAAUUUUCGGAGGUGGAGUGCAGAUUCUUUUGGGACCUCAUGUGGGCAUGCAUGAACAUCAUCAUAGUUUGAUAUCAAUUAUGAGAAGUCGAUUCUUCCUAAAACAUCUGAUUUCACAAAGAAAAUGUUUCAAAUCUUCCAUUUCAUGUACAUCUGAGAAGUUAAAUGGACCCCACGAGAGGAAAGAGAGUACAGCAAAAGUGAUUUAUAGUGUUGCUCCUGCAAUGGGACAUAACAAGGAAGCACAUCCAGAAUGCAGUUCAAGAGUUCCUGCAAUUGUGAAUGCUCUUGAAAAGUUGGAACUUACUCCAAAGUUUCGAGGAUCUGAGAUUGUUCAACUUCAAAAUUUUAGAACAGCUACAGCAGAAGAUAUUGCAAGUGUACAUACCAAAUCUUAUAUUUUUGGCCUUGAGAAGGCUAUGGAGCAGGCUUCAGAACAGGGGAUUAUACACAUUGAUGGCUCUGGGCCCACAUACGCCACUUCCACAACAUUCAACGAGUCAUUAAUUGCUGCUGGAGCAGGCCUAUCUUUGGUUGAUUCAGUGGUGGCAGCAUCACAAAUCAGUGAAAAUCCUCCUGUUGGUUUUGCCUUGAUAAGGCCACCUGGACAUCAUGCAGUUCCAAAGGGGCCCAUGGGAUUUUGUGUGUUUGGCAAUGUGGCAAUUGCAGCUCGAUAUGCUCAACGUGUUCAUGGAUUAAAACGUGUUUUCAUCAUUGAUUUUGAUGUGCAUCAUGGAAAUGGGACUAAUGAUGCUUUUUAUGAUGAUCCUGAUAUAUUCUUUCUUUCUACUCAUCAAGAUGGAAGCUACCCAGGCACAGGAAAAAUUGAUAAUAUAGGACAUGGAAAUGGUGAAGGAGCAACACUUAAUUUGCCAUUAGCAGGAGGCUCUGGUGAUAUAGCCAUGCAAACUGUCUUCCAUCAAGUCAUCGUACCUUCAGCCCAAAGAUUUAACCCCGAUAUAAUUCUUGUUUCAGCAGGAUAUGAUGGACACGUACUGGAUCCACUGGCGAAUUUCCAAUUCACAACAGGAACGUAUUACAUGCUGGCAUCAAGCAUCAAACAGCUUGCAAAAGAGCUUUGUGGAGGUCGAUGUGUGUUUUUCUUGGAAGGAGGAUACAACCUUAAGUCUCUUUCCAAUUCUGUUGCAGAAUCUUUUCGUGCUUUUAUUGGAGAAAAAAGCAUGGCGACACAACUUGAUGAGUUUGGCUUCUUGUAUGAUGAACCAUCUUUUAAACUGGUCACUGGAUUACGUGGCACUGACUGGGAAGCCCUACAUGUUGCUGACCGGACAAAGAAGCUGACACUGGACAAAGAAGCUGACAUGGCAGCCAUGUCAUCACAUUAG